AAACAAACAUCCUUUUUUGAGGUUCAGUCAGCGGCCUCGUUUGAAAUCCGGCGAACGAAGAUUAUAGAGUUGACUCUAUAAUCUUUGCUGGCGAAAAGUUUGCUUUUCUACACGUGAAAAGUUUAAAAGACAAAAUGGGUGCAACGAAAAAACAAAAGAAGGCGAUUGAGAGCAUUAACAGCAGACUUGCCUUGGUGAUGAAGUCAGGAAAAUACUGUUUAGGAUACAAGCAAACCCUGAAGACUUUGAGGCAAGGUAAAGCCAAACUUAUAAUAAUUGCCAAUAAUACUCCACCCCUCAGGAAAGGUGAAAUUGAAUAUUAUGCUAUGUUAGCAAAAACCGGAGUACACCAUUACUCUGGCAAUAAUGUUGAACUAGGAACUGCCUGUGGAAAGUAUUUCCGUGUGUGUACCAUGUCCAUUACUGAUGCUGGGGACUCUGACAUUAUCAAAUCAUUGCCUACUGGAGAUGGAGCACAGUGAUUCUCAAGUUAUAAUAUAAUUUGAAUAAAACCCUUUUUCACUAA